AUGCCUGAGCCUAACAAGGCUAUCCAGGACGAGGAGCUAGACAGCCUGAGGGCCAUCUAUCCCGAUGAAUGGCACGACGUACCGCCAAAGAAAACAGCGUGGGGAACAGAGGUAGAUGGAGGAUGGUGGGAGGUCAAGAUUUGUGGAUUGGAAGAUGAAAGGGUCAGCGUGAUCCUCAAGGGCAAAAUGACACAGGCGUAUCCCCAGCAGGUACCCCCUUUGUCCCUUCGAGAACCAGAAUACCUCACUGCGAAACAUGUACAGCAAUUGCACACUCUUGUGCAAGAGAAAGCAAAGUCCAAGACUGGGGAAGUGAUGAUUUUCGAGUUGAUUGAAACCGUACGAGACUUUAUCACGGAUAACCAUGCACCGUUACCCAACCCUGGAGAUGUCAACCUUUUGGAGGAAAAGGCUCAUCGAGAAGAGGCACAACGAGCUGCGGAAGAAGCAAAUCGAGCUACCGAAGAUGAGCGAAAAAAGAAAGAACUCGACAAGAACAACAGAUAUCUCCAUGAUCAAAUACAGCUCAACACCAUCAAGAAGAAGGAGACCGCAGAUCAGCACAAACAGCAGCUUGAGGAGCGUCGCAGACAAGAAUCUCUCGCCCUUCUCGAGAUUGGGGAUUUGGAGACUAGAGAUUUAGAGCUGGAUGAGUCCAUCUCGGUUGCAGGGUAUGAGGGAAAAUGGAAAUGGUGGAUGUUGUUCGGAGGAAAGAAGGAGAUACUCUGGACCACUUAUGCUGCUGAGCCCGACAGCUCGAAAGCAUCAUCCUCGGAUGCCGUUUCCUUUGUCAAAGCGUCCUCGCCAAAUGUCUCGGUGCAAAUCAUCGAUUUCGCCAACCCUUGGUACUCUACAGCACUCGGGAGCAAGAGAAUAGACUCUUGUACUGUCGAAGUAUUGAGGUCUCAAGAGACGAAGAGUGAAAACAUUGUCAACGUACUGGCCGUCAAGCGAGCAAAGAGCCCAAAAGGAUGGGAACGGCUGGUGCUGGUGACAGAGGGAUUAUCUGAAGGCGUGAAGCUGCGGUCGUGGAUAGGUAGAGAGGGUCUCGAUGAAGGCGUCACAAAGGAGUACCUGACUCAAGUGCUUCAUGGAUUGAGUCAACUGCAUCAGCACAAUUGCUGUCAAAAACAAUUGGAUCUCGACUUUGUGCUUGUUUCAAGUGCACCUCACGGGCAAAAGGUCGUCAAGCUGCUGGGCACUUGUUAUGCUCGGCGAAUCAUCGACAUGCACAAGUCCAACCCUUUCUUGAGGAGCCGAGUCGAGACGGUAUCCGAGGAAUGGAUAUCGCCUGAUGAACGUGAUUCACCGCAUACAUAUACACGACCUCGAGAUAUGUGGCUAGUUGGACUGCUUCUGGUGCAGAUGUUGUUUGGUCCAGACACUCUCAACAAUUACCACAACUUCCAUAGCCUGGUUCAGCAUGCGCCUGGAUUGUCAGACUCCAUGAUGGAUCUCCUUACAGGCCUACUGCACCCAAACCCGAAGAAGCGUUUGACUGCAGAUGAAGCAUUGAGCAAACUGCGGUGCUUUGAUGAGAUCACUCGACGAGCGGUCAAGAUGCCGAUUCACGGUCGUACCGACAGCAUUCCCCAAUCACCCAACGAGCUGUUCGGUGCAUCACCGAUCAACCGAGGUGCUUUCAUGAACCAUCGCCCGAGCACUCCUCAUCUGUUCGCCCCUCGACUGUCGAGAUAUAGGGCCGACUUUGAGGAAGUAGAGUUCUUGGGGAAGGGAGGCUUUGGAGAAGUUGUGAAAGCUAGAAACAAGCUGGAUGGACGGUCGUACGCUAUCAAAAAAGUCAAACUUCGCCCCGAGGACAACGAACAGAAAGUCUACCGAGAGGUGAACAACUUGUCUAGAGUGAAUCAUCAACACAUCGUCCGCUACUAUGGUUGCUGGCUUGAAGAUCUGAACCCACCCGAUCUAACGCCGACCGUCGAAGGCGGCAUCAGUGGUCUGUCAACGGGUGGGACAAGCGCGGGUCAAGGCUCAACAAGCACAGAGGAAGACAUCUUUGCAGUCAAUUUUGAUGAUUUCUCGUCCAGACGCGAUCAAUCUAGAAGUGCCUCAUUCCCUCGGAUUCGAUUCACCAACGAGAACGAGGACGAUGAAGACUCGGACGGAGAUGAUGACGAGUCUGACGAAGACUCGAGCACCGAAUCAGACGAUUCGGAUGGUUCAGUCUCCAGCGCAGCUACAGCCGACCCGUCGCAGCCUCAACAGCGAAGGGGAAGGGGCCAGCAUUCGAGCGUUCAGCAGAGUAAACCAUCUUUGGCGUCCACGUCAGCUUCGACGAACGACGGGACUGUGCAAAGGAUCCUGUAUAUACAGAUGGAGUUUGUUGAAAAGCAAACGCUACGCGAAGCCAUUACCUCGGGGCUUGAAGAGGACGAAGUGUGGAGACUGUUGAGACAAGUCCUUUCCGCCCUGGCGCAUAUGGCCUCUCUGGGUAUAGUUCACCGCGAUCUGAAGCCGUCGAAUAUCUUGCUCGAUGGGGACGGGAACGUCAAAAUCGCAGACUUUGGACUUUCUACGUCCGAAAUGACGGCCAUCGAAGUCGCUUCAGGCCCUGCUACUGACAUAGCCGACCACAUAGACCAGACCUCCAACAUUGGUACCAGCCUCUACAUUGCUCCAGAGGUGGCCAUAUCUAGAUCUUACAACGAGAAGGCCGAUAUGUACUCUCUCGGUAUAAUCUUCUUUGAGAUGUGUUACCCAUUCAAGACUGCCAUGGAGCGAGUCCACAUUCUCACUGCUGUACGCCAACCCUCUAUAUCGUUUCCUCCUGGCUGGACACCAAACCACAAGGCAAAUGAAAGAGAGAUCGUUCGGAGGCUAUUGGUGCACGACCCAGCAGUCAGAUUCAAAGCCACCGAGCUAUUGAGGAGUCCUCUAUUACCGGCGCCUGAAAAGCGCAAGGAGGAUUACGAUGCGGUGAUCCUUGGCAAGUGUGAACAGCUCACCGAUCCCAAAUCUACCCACUUCACCUCCCUGCUAGACACGCUAUUCGAUCCGCCCUCUCACAACAUCACCGAAGUCAAUCAUCGCCUGGUGGACUAUACCUUUGAUAAUGAUCCAGACGAUCAUCUACAAGUAUGGCUUACUGUCGUUAUACAACGUCUCGUCGACCUUUUCCAGCGACAUGGCGCUGUCGAAACCUAUCUGCCCCUGUUGAUCCCAGAGACCAAUCUGUUGGAUGCCUUCGAGGACCUGGAGCCAGUCAGGCUUAUCGAAAAGAGUGGUCAAGUGGUCCAGUUGCCCAGCAGCGAUGUUUUGGCGAUGGGCAGGAGUGCCACCAGGCGACAAAUUGAGAGGAUCAAGCGAUACCAUGUGGGGCACAAAUACACCAGCCAUCAUCUGGGGGGACAGCCCGUUGUGGCAGGGGAGCUCAGUUUCGACAUUGUCUCACCCAUUCGCUCAGCAGCUGCGGAAGCAGAGUUGCUGGAGGUGGUUGACAAAUUGAUAUCCGAAUUCCGCGGUAUGCGAGGAUCCUCUUCCAUUGAAUACGAGUUUCACAUAAGUCACGAGACAGGCAAGUUUCUUUUUCUGAUUAUGGGAUGUUUUGCUCACAAUGUUGUAGUCCUCAGCCUGAUCCUCGGCCUUGUUCCUGAACGUGCGGACAAACCUCGUCAGAAACUGUUGGAGCAAUUUAGACAUCUGGGUGCUAGCAACAGUGCCAAUGGCCAAAGCCAAUCCCGAAAUCUGUUGAGCAAUAUCGCUGGCCUCUCCAGGACACUCAUGGAUGAGCUCGAGCAGUGCUGUAUCGCUGGCGACUUUGACGUGGUCCGCAAGAGAUUAGAGACUCUCUUUGCAUCUGGGCCAGCGAAACGCAGAUUGGCGGGUGCGUUGGACGAUAUGGCGAAAGUCAUUGAUGCCACGCGAGCUUGUGGUGUGCCGAGAAAAAUCCUGUUCAGGCCGACUUUGGCAAAGCACAGCGAGUUCUUCAGGGGAGGUUUGAUGUUUGAAUGUGUCCGACGGGGCAAGCAGAAGGAAGUGGUGGCUUAUGGUGGGAGGUAUGACUCCCUUUUGGAACACUUCAAGCAACCAGCAAUCCACUCCCAGACUCGACGUGUGUAUGGGGUAGGAAUGUCGAUCGCAGUCGAUCAAAUAGCACGAGUCGUGUCAAGAUACGAGUCAUCGUUAUCCCGUCGUCUGAUGGAGAAGCCCAACGAAGACGAACGAUCUUUCGGUUACUGGAGUCCAGCGCGAUGUGAUGUCUAUGUUGCCGCCUUCCCUCAAGUUGAUAUGACUGUUCGACUUCAAGUCACCGGUGAACUUUGGAGAGCGGGGAUACGGGCAGACUUCCAGUAUGAUGAUGAUAGGAGUCUGGAUGAGGUCACGCAGGAGUGUCAGGAUCAGAAUAUCCUCUUCCUAAUCAUUCCUCGAGCCAGUCGCUCGGCUGUAAAAGUCAGAAGCAUCCUUCGUCGAUCGGAAGAAGAGGUACCCCGUCACGACCUAUGCAAUCACCUGCGCAUCGCCAUUGCCGACCAGCGGAGGAUCGACGCGUCGUACGCUUCAGCUGAAGGGUCUAUACCGUCGGCACAAGCUGCGGCGUUGUCGGUGGAGCCGAAUCAGACAGAAGUGGAGAUCAAGCUGAUCCUGCCUCCUGAGCCUGUGGUCUCAAAGGGCAGCAAGGGAAGACCGGUGCGCAAGCAUCGCCAUGGAACCAAGUCGGUAUACUAUGACAAAGCCUCUGAUUUCGCCGCGCAAACGCAAUCCACCCUUCCUCUUCUGGGCGUCGAUCUUCCGCCCCUUCUUCUCUGCCAGAUGGCUCUUGAUAUGGCUUGGAUCAAGGAUGACGAAGUAUGGCGGACAUUGCUAGCGAAAGAAGGGAUCCACGCUGGCGACAGGAGAUAUGCCGAAGCAGUGCGUGAAGGGGUGCAGCAGAUGCGAGCCGGGACCAAGGGUAAUGGGUCAGGGGGAAAUGAUGGAUGGAUGUGGCUGUUCAGCGUGAGGGACAACAAGGGGUUCCUGCUGCAGGGCGGAAGUGGCAAGUAG